GGAGACACUUUGACCGUUGUCAUCCUCAGUUUGCAAUGGAGCCACGAAAUGUGCGACUGGGAUUGUGUUCAGACGGAUUUGCUCCUUUUGGAAGGUUUGGGAAGAACUAUUCAUGUUGGCGAGUCUUGUUAACUCCUUACAAUCUCCCUCCCGACAUGUGCAUGAAAAGUCAUUUCAUCUUUUUGACUUUAAUUUGUCCGGGUCCGAAGGAUCCAGGAAAAAAGAUAGACAUUUAUAUUCAACCCCUUAUUGAGGAGAUGAAAGAACUAUGGGCCAAUGGGACACCAACUUAUGAUGUUUCAGCAGAUCAAAUGGUUAUCAUGAAAGCUGCCAUCAUUUGAACCAUUAGCGACUUCCCGCCUAUGGUAUGCUUUCGGGAUGGAGCACACACGGUCUUAUGAGAUGUCCGAUAUGCAUGGAGAAAUAAGAUGCCAAUUGGCUCACUUUCAGUGGAAAACCAAGUUACUUUGAUUGUCACCGCAAGUUUCUCCCGCCAAACCACCGACAUCGAAAGGAAAACAAGUCUUUCAUUAGAGAUAGAGUGGUACGAGAGCCCCCACCCCCGAGAUUGACUGGCGAAGAAAUUUUUAACCGGGUUCGACGUAUUCCUACGGCUAUGCAAGAACCAAAGAAGGAGCCAUAUGGGUAUUGUCAUGCCCAUAAGUGGACAAAGAGGAGUAUAUUUUGGAAGUUGCCAUAUUGGAAAGAAUUUCUCAUUCAUCACAAUUUAGAUGUCAUGCACACUGAGAAGAACAUCUUUGACAAUAUAUUUAACACGGUGAUGGAUUUCAAAGGGAAAAUUAAAGACGGUCUUGCAUCUAGAAAAGAUAUGACAAUGUUGUGUGAUGGACCCGAACUUUCAGUUGAUCUAGAACAAACUAAAAACGAAAUUCCAAAAGCAGUCUACCAAGUCACUAAAGCACAAAAGGAGUCAAUAUUAGAGUGGUUUGUGUCUCUGAAGUUUCCAGAUGGCUACUGCUCCAACUUGUCCAGAUGUGUGGACAUGAACAAACUUACCACGACGUCGAGCAUGAAAACUCACGAUGCUCAUGUAAUCAUGCAAAUACUUCUGCCGAUUGCACUAUAAGAGAUGCUUCCUGAACAAGUAUGGUCCUAUAUUACUGAAAUCAGUUUGUUGUUUCAGUCGAUAUGUUCCAGCAUUUUGGAUGCAGCAUCCCUCCAGAGCCUAGAAGAGUUUGUUCCCAUUCUGAUGUGUAAUUUGGAAAAAAUAAUGCUUCCAUCGUUUUUCGAUGGAAUGGAACAUCUUAUAAUACAUCUUUUGUAUGAGGCUUUGACUGCUAGGCCCGUCUUCUAUCGUUGGAUGUACAGAUGGGAAAGGUUAGCCACAAUUUCAUUUAUCUUUGAAUAUUUAUUUCAUAAGAACAUUUGUUUGUUUACAACUUUUAUUUUACAUUGCAUAUUUCUAGGAGAGUUGAAAAAGAAAGUGACCAACAAGGCACACGUUGAAGUUUCAAUUUGUCAAGCAUAUAUUCAACAAGAAAUUUCAACGUUGGAUAUUGGGCUGAGCCGUAUUUUAGGCACCCUGAGAUGACUCAUCAAGUUCAGCACAUGGGCAAUCUGUAUCAAUCUAACUCCGGGUUUAGUAGCGUGCCUACAAUCGGGUCGUUCGAAACUUUUUUGUCUGGAAAUUUUAACCAGUUUCAAACACCCGGCGGCAACACAGGAGGAGGCAGCCUACGCGAAGGCAGUCGCGGAGGCAGCCGCGGAGGCAACCGAGGAGGCACCCGACACGAAGAGCCCAAAGAGGAUUAUCUCGUUGAUAAUGUUGAUGAUGAAUAUGAUAAUGAUGAUCCUAGAUUUUACUGUGAAUUGGCCUGUUGGGGAGACCUCAUGAUCAGUAAUGUUUCUUCCUUCGUGAAUCCAGCGUGUUCAACUGAUAUAAGUUUGGGUAAAAACAG